AUGAAGUUUGAUACUUUUGCUGAACGUUUUGGUAUCAAGUAUACUAUUUUAGUUGAAGGGAUUGAUGAGGUUUUAGUGAAAAUUUUGGGCAUGAACUACUUCAUUGAAGGUCUAGAUGACGAUCUUACUGAAAAAGAAAUUACAGAAUAUUUAAAUUAUGAAGUUUCAUCAUUCAAAAACGAGAUAAAAAUAUAUGAUGCAAUUGAGAAGUUCAAUAUCCUCAACCCACAUUUGACCAUAAAUGUUCCAAGAAUAUUGGGGAGUGGGAAAAUGAUUCUAUCAUCUAAUGGAAAUUUUUUAUUUGGUGGUUAUUAUCUAGCAAUGGAAAAUCUCGGAGAAAUCAAACCAACUACGUCUGACCAAUUCUGA